UCUCCAGUUUCACCUUCCUAGGCACCUCAGACACACACAAAGCUUCACUUCCAGGUGUACACCCCCUUCUAACAUGUGCCCAGUGUGCAUUGUACGCCUCCAUCUAUGACUCUUGAACCGCACCCCCACCACCACCCCCACCACCGCCGUCUCUCCACUUGCCACCGCCACCCGGCGGAGCCCUUCACCGGCGUCUGCGCCUCAUGUCUCCGCGACCGCCUCGCCGGCUUCGACCCCGCCACUCGCCUCGAAAUCUCCGUUUCCCCUCGCGUCAAUGACUCCGGGGGCGUUCCGUUGCAGCGAGUCGCUAGCCGGGCUUCCUGUCCGCUGGAGUUCCGCCGUUGCAAGUCUCUUUCCUCUGGAAAAUGCGAGGUUUUUCCCGGCUCGUCCGAGCCGCGCCGAAAAUCCUGCGAUGUUAGGGUUCGGAGUACUCUGUGUGAUCUAUUCACUCUCGACGACGGGAGGAACGGGUCGAACAGAGAAAAAUUCCAGGUGGAAUCGAGGAAUUUAGGGUUUCAGCGAAUUACAGCUCCGGUACUUGAAUCGAGGGAAGAGGAGGAAAAUGAAGAAGAAAUUAGGGGUUUUGAGGAGGUUUUGGCAUCAGAUGUGAACGUUAUCGAUAAGGGAAUCGAAGAGUUUGAAGAUAAUGAAGAAGUAAAGACAAUGAAAGAGCACAUAGAUCUUGAAUGGAAGAAUAGAAAACCUAAUGGCAGAGAUUUCAGGGACAUUGCAGGCAGUUUUUGGCUGGCGGCUUCAGUUUUCAGCAAGAAGUUGCGAAAAUGGAGGCAAAAGCAGAAGAUGAAGAAGCCCAGUGGAAGUGGCCACAGUUUAGAGGCAAUGGAAGUGGAGAAGCCGAUUGGGAAACAGAUAAGGGAGACGCAAUCGGAGAUUGCAGACUAUGGACUCGGACGGAGAUCUUGUGAUACUGAUCCAAGGUUCUCCAUGGAUGCUGGGAGGAUCUCAGUUGAUGCUCCACGCUAUUCGUUUGAUGAAGCUAGGGCCUCAUGGGAUGGUUAUUUGAUGGGGAGAAUGGUUCCAAGGCUUCCCCCCAUGGUUUCCGUGGUUGAAGAUGUGAACUUGGAGGCUUGCAGGUCUGGGAACAGGGGAAUGGUUGUGGAAGAGCAGAUGAAUUCGAUAAAUGAGGAUGAGAUGACAUCUGGCGGAUCAGCUCAGACAAGGGAUUGUUCCGAUUCUUCUUCCUCACAGAGUCGUAGAAGGAGCUUUGAUUGUUCUAGUUCUAGCAGGAAAGGGGCAGGAGCUGAGGCGGAUGAGAUGAAAUCGGUGCCGGAUGCAAAGGUCUCUCCUGCCACUGUUGAUGUCUUCCAUGGGCUUAGGUUGCUACUUACGGAAAGAGGUUUGAGAGACUCACACUUGAAUUCUCUCAAAGAUGAUCAGUCAGAGGUCAUUGAAUCUGUCUCCAAGAAUGCUGCUUCUGCCUCUGUUGCCGGCACUUGUAGCCGAAAUGGGUUCAGGAAAUCUAGACAGUGGUGCAAGGUGUGGAACAUUUGGAGUUCGGUGCACAGGCGUGGUGAUGGCAAAUGUGAAGAUAAAAGUGGGUAUUUUAGGGGAACUGUAGCUGACCAACCAGUUGUGGAGACUUGGGAAAGGAUGGGAAGAGAGGUCAAUGGAGCAGCAAACCAUAAGCUGACUCGUAGCCAUAGCAGCAGUAGCUCAAAGAGUUCAUUCAACAUGGCAGGAUCCUUCCAGGGCAUGAAGGGUGGUGCUGAGUCCAAAGGCCAUGUGAGUAAGAGAAGAGAAGAAUUUGUGCUAGAGCGAAACCGGAGUGCCAGGUAUUCUCCAAACAAUCUUGAUAAUGGUCUAUUACGGUUCUAUUUGACACCAUUGAGGACCAGUAGGAGAAGUAAAUCCGGACAAAGUAGGCUAAAGAACUCCCCCUCUAUAGCAGGGAGUGUCUUGAAGUUAUACUGAAUUGAAGGUUUGGUGGGGUGGCCUUCAAUGGAGUAUUACUUUGUAAAGACGUAUUAAGAUGUUAUAUUGUUGUCUUUAGAUAAAAUCUCAUCAUAUUGUUGUCUUUGCUCUUCUUAACAUGCUUAUUAAUAAUGCAGUAAUGAAAAUUUUUGGCAUUUCUUUGUUGC